AUGGAGCCGCUAAAGCAAGCACUUGGGAGGUUGAGGAGCAAUGACAGUGGGCUAUGUUCGUCUCAGCAAGAGCUUAAUGAUAAGAUACGCAGCUUCGAAUACCAAAGUCAACACGAGAGCAAUACAUUAAACGAGGAGAAGCAGCUUAUCAAAGAGAUCAGUAAGCUUGAGAGGACGAGAGGUGAUGUCAUUGCUAAUGAGGCAUCGAGAGCCAGAAUCAUUGAGUCUUUUGGUCUUAAAGAAGAUAUCCAAGAUCAAGUUAAGUCAAUGAGCUCUGAUCUGGACGGAUUUAAUAAGGAGAGGCAGGCGAUUUCAGAAAGGAUUAGUGAGCAGAGUGAAAAGAUUAAUGCUUCGAAAGAUGAGAUUAAAGUGCUUGAAGAUGAGCUGAAGAUUGCGACUGAGAAGAGGAACGAAUCUUAUUCAAACAUUAAAGUGCUAUCCUCUCCUUCCGAAUUUCGGAUCACGUUUGGAUGUACCAAGUUAUACGCGCUCCCUAGAUUCCUGAUUCUACUGCCUGCAUCAAUAGCUAUGCAUUAUGCUGUCGAUAAUGGUUCUCCAAAGUGGAUUAGAUACAACUGA